CUCCAAAAACGACCUAGUUCUUGAAGUUGCUGUGCCGCGAUCCGGGAAUCCUUCAGGAUUCCCUAGCCGCCCCCCUAGCCGCCCCCCCCAAAUAACUAUCUGGGCUUUUCAUCGCACUUUUGUCUUUUGUCAAGCCACCCAGCUCAGCUCAGCGUAAACAAAAUUAGCGUUCGAGAUGGCCGGCAUUGGGACUGUUUCCAUCACCAUCGCGUGUCUCUUAGUUGGCAUUGCGCAUGGACACGUCGUCAUAACCUAUCCCGGCUGGAGAGGCAACAACCUCAUCGUCAACGAUGAAUUCCCCUACGGGAUGCAGCGUUCAUAUCCGUGUGGUGGCCUAUCCGCCACACAAAACCGCACCGCGUGGCCAAUCACCAAUGGCGCGCUCGCGAUGCAGCCGGGCUGGUUUGCAGGGCACGCCACGGCCCUCAUGUACAUCAACCUCGGCCUCGGCUCGGAGCCCGACACCUACUCGCCCAUGGUGCCCAUGUUCCGGCUCACCGGCCCAAGCGACAAUCCGUAUCCCGGCACCGUCUGCCUUCCCCAAGUAUCCCCCCCGCAAGGGGUGGUGCCCAAGAAUGGCGACCUCGCGACGAUCCAGGUGGUGCAGACCUUGAAGUCCGGGGCUUCGCUCUAUUCUUGCGCGGACAUCGUCUUCACGGACGACCCGUCGAAGCUACCACCUGUCAGCGCGGACAACUGCUUCAACUCGACCACUAUCCAUGCCGAAGCUGUCCAGGUUACGGCAACUAGUGAGAAGAGUAGCGCCGCCAGGGGCAUUUCUGGCCUCUCGGCUCUGCUGAGCUUCUUGCCCUUCAUUUAG